GGAUUGCAUGAGAGGAGAUGAAACGGAGAACAAGAAGAUGGGCUGCACCGUCAACCUCCUGAACUUCUACAAAUCGGAGCUCAACAAGGAGGAGAUGUACAUCCGCUACAUCCACAAACUGUGCGACAUGCAUCUGCAGGCAGACAACUACACUGAGGCGGCGUUCACGCUCUUGUUGUACUGGGAGUUGCUGCAGUGGGAUGAGCGGCCAACGAAAGAACUUCUGCAUUAUCCCGCUCAGUCCGAGUGGCAGCGCAAGGAGGCGCUCGGCCGCAAGUUGGUCCACUACUUCGGCAAAGGGAAGGUAAAGCUCAUCC